GCAUAUCCUUCUCAUAUUCUCCAUCUUCGUUUUCCACAUCUCUCUCUCUCUCUGCUUCUUCAGUACAUUUCCUAGAAAUUAGGUUUUCGGUGCUUCCCAAUUCCUCCUCAAUUAGCCUCCUCAUAGAUCACCGGAAUUCAAUUUCUCUGUUUUCUUCACUAUCACGAUCUCUGACGACAAAGAAGUGACGCUCUUUCGGUGUUCGCUUACCAUCUCAUUCCAUUUCUUGAUUUCUGUCUCAAAGUUUACUUGAAAGUUUUAAUCUUUGAUCGACUUUUCUCGGAUUUGACCAAGAAAUUGCUGGCCUUUUUCCUCUUAUUUGAGAUUUGAGAGAAAGGGGGACUUUGGGUUUCGUUUCUUACAGUUUCUUUCUUUCCCAGCGGAUUUCCCCGAUGGCUUCGAUGGGCUCCUCCUACUGGUGCUACAGAUGCAACCGAUUCAUACUGGUUCGGGUCCGUGCCAAUGACACCUUCCUCUGCCCCGACUGCGGUGGUGGAUUUGUCGAAGAAAUCCGGACCCCGACUCGAUCUCCGCUCCGCCGGUUCCCCGCUGCCUCAGUGUACAUCGAUGACCCGCCCAUUCCCGAACACAACGCCAUUCCGAGGCUUCAGCGCAGCCGUAGGAAUGGUGGGGAUCGCUCGCCUUUCAACCCCGUCAUCGUCCUCCGUGGGCCAGCAGAUGGAGGCGGCCGAAAUGAACCCGAAAGAGGUAAUUUUGAGCUCUAUUACGACGAUGGAGCUGGUUCGGGGCUCCGGCCUCUACCCACUAGCAUGUCGGAGUUCUUGAUGGGCUCCGGAUUCGACCGUCUCCUCGACCAAUUGGCGCAGUUAGAGGUAAAUGGAGUCGGGAGGUUAGAGCACCCACCCGCGUCAAAGGCUGCUAUUGAGUCGAUGCCUAUUAUCAAGAUCGUCGCGAGCCACGUUUCGACGGAGUCGCAUUGCGCGGUCUGUAAGGAGCAAUUCGAGCUCGAUUCGGAGGCACGGGAGAUGCCUUGUAAGCACAUUUACCAUUCGGAUUGUAUACUACCGUGGCUCUCCAUGAGGAAUUCUUGUCCGGUGUGUCGGCACGAGUUGCCCACGGAUGUGCGUGUGAGUGGGAGCGGUAGGAAUUCACCGGAGCCUGAUGGAGCUCGAGACGAAGAGGCCGUGGGAUUGACUAUUUGGAGACUUCCUGGUGGUGGGUUUGCGGUUGGUAGGUUUACUGGGGGGAUAAGAGCCGCGGAGCGUGAGCUACCUGUUGUUUACACGGAGGUGGAUGGUGGGUUCAACACUGGUGGCGUUCCCAGAAGGAUUUUGUGGGAGACGAGUGUGAGAAGCUCAAGGGAAACCGGUGGACUGCGACGUGCGUUUCGUAGCUUCUUAUCAUUUUUCGGUCGGCUUAGACCUGCUUCAUCAUCCUCUCGUUCGAGUUCUGAACCGGGGCUAACUCGUAGGAGUGGCUCUAAUGCGGUGUUUAAUCGUUCGUGGAGGAGGCGCCGCGGCCAUCCUGUGGCUUUGGAUGAUUCCACUCGGUGAAUCUUGAUUCUUUAAUGUUGUAUUCUUUGUUAAGUUUAUCUAUUGAGUUACCUAAAUUGUUGCAGUAAGAGAAAUUUUCAAAACUUGUAUGUUGUAUGAUCUUACCUGCUGUACAUAACAAUACUUUGAAGAAGAGUUGAGGAAUCUCUCUGUUAACAAUUCCGUCAGAGAGAAUUUUGGACUUGGCUGGCCAUUAGAUUUCUGACUGAUGCAAGGAGAAGAAGAUAGUUCUGCAGUUCGAGUAGGCCUUCGGACGUUGCAGAGGUGCUAGGCCGUGUAUCUGUUCCUGUACUAGUUUUAAUCCCCAUAUAGUCCUACUGCUGGUUUUUGACAUUUUUUUACAAUCGUGAACAGUUUUCUUUUUCUCUUAAUGUAUCGUUAGAAGCAGAUUGGUUUGUAAUAUUGGCCUUUUUUUACAGAAGUUCUUGACAUUUUCAUA